UGGUCUGUUAUCCGCCCCAUCAACCCUUUCAUCUACGUCCCCAUCGCCUAUGACACUGGCAUGCAGUCCCGCCUGAUUGAGAACGAUGACGUCCUCCGCGAGGUGUUCAAAUUUCUGGACCCAUCCACGACGGAAGACCCACGGUUGAACGAUCAGACCGAACACGAAAAUAACUGUCGAGGGGCACUCGCCCGGUCCGCUCGUGUAUCAAGGGUGCUGUCAGACCAUGCACUGAACGUGCUCUGGCGGAAGAUAGAAGGCCUGCUGGAUUUCUUCAGCAUCCUGCCGUCAUUCAGGAGGGAGUUGAUUGAGCCCCGCGACGACGACGAAGGAUACAGUGACGAUGAACCUCACAGCAAGCCCCUUUGGCGGUUCACAGGCCCAAUCACGUCUUUGGAUUGGCAACGAUACCAGCAAUACGCUCAGCGUGUCCGUGUCCUCUCCCUUGCAUGGACACCGGGCAAGGUCGAUCCUGCCGUCUUCGUCGAGAUCGCCCGCCUCAGCGACGGAGGUCCUCUGUUCCCUGGCUUGAUAGAGCUAGACAUCCAAACAUAUGACCACCUCGAGGCCAUACCAUCUACCCUCAUAUCGCCAUACCUCCGCAAGCUACACGCCACAGAUCUAGGGGAUGUGCUAGGAGACCCAUCGACUAAGCCUGCACAAGCACCCCUCGCAGAACUUGUACGCGCUGCAUUCCUGAAUGCGCGACUGCUGGAGGACGUCAGCCUCGAGGGCUCCAAUGUAGGCCCCAUGGAGAACCUGCUGCCCAUGACAGAGUGCACUCGCUUGCGACGGGUGUCGCUCGUAGACGUCGCAUGCGAUGCACGGCUGUUGAGCGGAUGGUCGCGCAUUAACUGCCUGGGCGACCUCGCCCUCGAGGUCAAUUCCAAUUCUUCCGUCGGCAGAGAGCACCUGGAAUUCGCUCAUCUUCACUGCCUGACGGUCCGAGGCGAUCUAAAAUGCCUCGCGGAUCUGUUCGCCCACAUCUCCGCUCCAUCCCUCAAUUACCUUCGCAUUCAGGUUCAACAGCCGCCGGGACACGGUCGUGAACAGGUGUCCGAGUGCUUUGCAGCGCUGAGCUCAAGCUUCGGCUCGACACUGCGACAUUUCCACCUCGCUUCAUUCUGUGAUGGUCAUGACCGGGGCCAACGAUGGCCUGAGCAACCACUCAUUGACAUUAUCCGCCCGUUAUUAGACAUGCACAUGCUUCAGACGGUGUCGAUCACGCCGCCGAGGUGGUGGUCUGUCACUCUAUCCGACGAAGCUGUCCGCGACAUCGCGACGGCAUGGCCGCACCUCGUCUCGCUGCAGAUCUAUCUCCUCAACGCCCAUUCCACCGCCACUUGGGAGAGCCUCAUCGAGCUCGCAAGUGUGUGUAGUAAUCUGAGAACCUUAGUUCUCCCCCAGCUUGACCUGCGAACCUUCGCUCCUCCUCUCGCCGACAAGCAACCUAGCCUCUACCAUCCUCUCGAAGUGCUCACGCUCGACUAUUCAUUCGCCCACAAUCAGGUCGAGGACUCGCACACAUUUGCGCAGUUCCUAGAUCGCACGUUCCCGAACUUGGAUCUCGGGACGUCCGUCAUUCGAAGGGUAGACAUCCCGGGCGGUCAGCGUCACCCGCUGUGCAGGGAGGUCAUGGAGCUUCUAAGGAACUUCCAGCAGUCUAGGGAACGUCAGAUCGCGUCGAGCGGGAAGCAUGUCAUGGUAUCGUCGCCUGCAGCACAAACAGUAUAGGUCGAAACGCAGCUGGUAGCUGUUGGGAAUCAGUGGCUAUUGGGUCGAAAACUGAUGCUGUAUGGAAAGAUUCAGGCCCCAUACUGAACAGGAAACUUGUAUAUCUCACCACGGUCUCGUCCGG